AUGGGCUCCCCCCUCAUCGUAGAACUAGCUGAAAUACGUCUCGCAGAAAUAGAAUCCUUAGCCCUCUCCUCAUGUCCCGACCCUCCUCAUACCUACGCCCACUUCGUUGACGAUGGCCACGGAUCCUUCAGAGACAAACAGCACGCAGAAUCCUUCCUCACUUUCCUCAACUCGCUCACCGAAGACCUCAAAUUCACUCAAGAACACCCUUCAUCUGAUGGAACCAUACCUUUCCUCGACGUCCUCAUUCACCCUGACAAUUCCACCUCAGUCUACAGAAAACCCACCCACACCAACCUCUACACCAAGUAUUCAUCCUGCACCACAAACUCCUCGAAGAACGCCGUCAUCCGAUCCCUCACCAGAAGAGCUUACAACAUCUGUUCACCUCGACACCUCGAAGACGAACUAAAGACUGUCAGACACGUUUGCCUUCAGAACGGCUUCCCACCCCUCUGCAUCACCACCAUCAAGGACGAAGUUCACCGCAAGUUCACCAACCCUCCCCGACAUCAAUCCCUAGCCUCAUUCUACCGACAGACCAGAGAUCACGCAAUCAGCGUUUCCCUUCCUUUCCAUCCCUCACUCUCCAAACCCAUCUCCAAGAUACUCGGACAACACGACAUCAAAGUGACCCACUCAUCAGCCACUACUCUCCGCAACCUUCUCACCAAGACGAAGACCACACCCCCCACUCAACUCACCCCCAACACCAUCUACGAGAUAUCCUGCUCACAAUGUCCCUCCAAGUACACUGGACAGACCUACAGACCCCUCAUCCAACGAAUGAAAGAACACGAAAGAUGCUACAGACUCAACAAUGCCUUCGACGAAACCACAGACAGGAUCAAAUCCGCCCCCGCCCAUCAUGCCCUAACCACUGGACAUUCCAUCUCCUGGAACAACAUAGAAGUCCUUAAAUCACUCACCAUGCACGAUCUCAACUUGACCUGA